AUGAGACGGCUGAAACAACACCCCCAGUGCGAGACAGAUCACUAUGAACAAGACCGUAGUGCCCUUAAAAAAAGGGAAUGGGAGCGGAGGAAUCAAGAAGUCCAGCAAGAAGACGAUCUCUUUUCUUCAGGCUUUGAUCUUUUUGGGGAGCCCUACAAGGUAGCUGAAUAUACAAACAAAGGGGAUGCACUUGCCAACCGAGUCCAGAACACGCUGGGAAACUAUGAUGAAAUGAAGGAUUUGCUAACUAACCAUUCUAAUCAGAAUCAUCUAGUGGGAAUCCCAAAGAAUUCUGUGCCCCAGACUCCCAUCAACAAAAACGAGCCGAGCUUUUUCCCAGAGCAAAAGAAUCGAAUGCUCCCACCUCACCAGGAUAACACUCACCCCUCGGCACCAAUGCCUCCACCUUCUGUCGUGAUACUGAAUUCCACUCUAAUACACAGCAACAGGAAAUCAAAAGCUGACUGGCCACGAGAUAGUCAUAAUGCUAGCCUUGUACCAGCCAGCCAGGCCAGUAGCCAGCCAAACAAGAUGCAGCAGCCUGCACAGGACCAGCCCCAAGCCCGAUUGGAAGACUUCUUUGUCUACCCAGCAGAACAGCCUCAGGUGGGAGCCACUGAAGAGGCAAACCCGUCUGUAAAGGAAGACAGUAGCCUCAUGUCCAGCGGAGGGGAUACUUUCAAAGAAAUCUUUCAGUCCGUCUCAUCAGAAGAAUCUGAAUUUACCUUGCAUGCUCCUGGGUCUCCCCUAGUUGCCUCCUCUUUGUUAGCGCCCAGCAGUGGCCUUUCAGUUCAGAACUUUCCACCAGGGCUUUACUGCAAAACAAACAUGGGGCAACAAAAACCAACCGCAUAUGUCAGACCCAUGGAUGGCCAGGACCAGGCACCGGACAUCCCUCCAACACUGAAACCUUCCAUUGAAUUUGAGAACAGCUUUGGGAAUCUGUCAUUUGGAUCACUGUUGGAUGGAAAACCCAGUGCAGCCAGUUCAAAGCCUAAACUGCCAAAGUUCAUGAUUCUCCAAACAAGUGAAGUAAGCCUUCCCAGUGAUCCAAGCUGUGUCGAAGAAAUCUUACGGGAGAUGACCCAUUCCUGGCCUGCUCCUCUCACUGCCAUGCAUACUUCUGGAAACUCUGAGAAGAACACACUUUCCAUCCCAGGACAGGAAUCCCAACAUCUGACCCCAGGAUUCACCUUACAAAAGUGGAGCGACCCGACCGCCAGAGCUUCUACAAAGUCAGUACCGCUCGAGUCGAUGCUUGAGGACGACCUGAAGCUGAGCAGCGAUGAAGACGACCUUGAGCCAGUGAAGACCUUGGCCACUCAGUGCACUGCCACUGAACUCUACCAGGCUGUUGAAAAGGCAAAACCUAAGAACAAUCCUGUGAACCCACUCUUGGCCACUCCUCAGCCCCCGCCUGCAGUGCAAGCCAGCGGGGGAUCUGGCAGCUCCAGUGACUCUGAGAGCAGCUCCGAGUCAGACUCAGACACUGAAAGCAGCACCACUGACAGCGAGUCCAAUGAGGCACCUCGUGCAGCCACUCCAGAGCCUGAGCCGCCCUCAACCAACAAGUGGCAGCUGGAUAAAUGGCUUAACAAAGUGACAUCCCAAAACAAGUCGUUUAUUUGUGGCCAAAAUGAAACGCCCAUGGAGACGGUGUCUGUGCCUCCUCCAAUCAUCCAGCCGAUGGAAGUCCAGAUCAAAGUGAAGACAAACCCCAGCCAGGUCCUGGCUGAACCCAAAGAGAGGCCUCUCCUCAGUCUUAUCAGGGAGAAAGCCCGUCCACGGCCUACCCAGAAAACUCCAGAAACAAAGGCUUUGAAGCAUAAGUUGCCAACUACUAUUGAGACAGCUUCUCAAAGGACAAUUGGAAAAAAACAGCCCAAAAAAGUCGAGAAGAACACCAGCAUUGACGAGUUUACCUGGCCCAAACCAAAUAUUACCAGCAGCACCCCCAAAGAAAAAGAAAGCAUGGAGCUUCCUGACCCCCCAAGAGGCCGCAACAAAGCCACUGCCCACAAACCAGUCCCUAGGAAGGAACCAAGGCCAAACAUUCCCUUGGCCGCCGAGAAAAAGAAGUACAGAGGGCCUGGCAAGAUCGUGCCAAAGUCCCGGGAAUUCAUCGAAACGGAUUCGUCUACAUCUGAUUCCAACACCGAUCAGGAAGAGACCCUGCAGAUCAAAGUCCUGCCUCCUUGCAUUGCUCCCGGGGGCAAUUCUGCCAAAUCAAAGGAAACCUGUGGCACCAGCCUGACCCUCAGCACCUUGGUCAGCAGCAGCAGCAACAUAUCCAUCAAUAGUGAGGAACCAGCUUUUUCACCUAUCCCUGUCAUGCAAACCGAGCUUCUGUCCCCUCUACGAGAUCACGAGAACCUGAAAAAUCUCUGGGUGAAGAUUGACCUUGACCUGCUGUCUAGAGUACCCGGUCACAACACGCUGCAAACAGCACCAGCCAAGCCAGACCACAAGGAGACUGCAUCGAAGCCCAAGCGCCAGAUCGCUGCUGCGACUGUGGAAAAACCUGCCCCUAAGGGCAAGCGUAAGCACAAGCCAACGGAAAUUGCAGAGAAAAUCCCCGAGAAGAAGCCACGUCUGGAGGAGGCUGCAGCUAUCUGCCUGCUGCCCCCUUGCAUCUCACCAGCCCCACCCCACAAGCCUCCCAACACUAAAGAAAACAAUUCAUCCAGGAGAGCAAAUAGAAGGAAAGAAGAAAAGCUGUUUCCUCCGCCACUUUCUCCACUGCCAGAGGAUCCUCCACGCCGCAGAAACAUCAGUGGCACCAAUGGUCCCUUCAGUCAAGACAAAAACAUCCCUCUGAUUGGACAGAUCACAUCUACCAAACCUAAGAGGAGUGAAGGCAAAUUCUGUGCUACUUUCAAAGGGAUAUCCGUAAAUGAUGGAGACACUCCAAAAAAGACAGCCUCUGCCACUGUCACGGUCACCAACACUGCUAUUGCCACUGCCACUGUCACUGCUACUGCCAUUGUCACCGCCACUGUCACGGCCACUGCGACCGCCACUGCCACAGCCACUACCACAACCACUACCACAACCAUCUCCACCAUCACCUCUACCAUCACUACUGGCCUCAUGGACAGCAGUCACCUGGAGAUGGCAUCCUGGGCAGCCCUGCCCCUUCUGUCCAGCAGCACCACCAACGUCCGGAGUCCCAAGCUUACUUUCGAUGACUCGGUUCACAAUGCUGAUUAUUACAUGCAAGAGGCUAAGAAGCUAAAGCACAAAGCUGAUGCACUGUUUGAGAAAUUUGGCAAAGCCGUGAAUUAUGCCGAUGCAGCCCUGUCUUUCACCGAAUGCGGCAACGCCAUGGAGCGAGACCCUCUGGAAGCCAAGUCUCCGUAUACCAUGUACUCCGAGACCGUGGAGCUCCUCAGGUACGCGAUGAGACUGAAGAACUUCGCGAGCCCCCUGGCUUCAGAUGGGGACAAAAAGCUGGCAGUAUUAUGCUACAGAUGUUUAUCACUUCUCUACUUGCGGAUGUUUAAGCUGAAGAAGGACCAUGCCAUGAAGUACUCCAGAUCACUGAUGGAAUAUUUUAAGCAAAAUGCUUCAAAAGUCGCUCAGAUACCAUCUCCCUGGGUAGGCAACGGAAAGAACACUCCUUCCCCGGUGUCUCUCAACAAUGUCUCUCCCAUCAACGCAAUGGGCAGCUGUAACAAUGGCCCGGUCACCAUCCCCCAGCGCAUUCACCACAUGGCCGCCAGCCACGUCAACAUCACCAGCAAUGUGUUACGGGGCUAUGAACACUGGGACAUGGCCGACAAACUGACAAGAGAGAACAAAGAAUUCUUUGGCGAUCUGGACACACUGAUGGGGCCCCUGACCCAGCACAGCAGCAUGACCAAUCUCGUCCGCUAUGUUCGCCAGGGACUGUGUUGGCUGCGCAUCGAUGCCCAUUUGUUGUAG